AUGAUAUACUGCUACUUUUGCAAGAAGCUACGUAAUCCGGCACUCACCAACAGCUGGCAAACGGGCCCAUACAUCUACAUCCCCGACAGACGACCAUGUGCUGUCGUCCAAGCACGCCAAAGGCCAGAGGUUUACAUGGACGAAUACUUCAACUUCUCCCAAAUCCAGAACGUAAUGAAGCACCAUAGAUUCGGCCGCGAUAUUUCUAGACUACUCAAGCAAAUGGAGAGAACAUACACCAUCUACAAACGGCAGCACGCCUACCAAAGAUCCACCCACUUCCGCGUCUCUACAUACGGGCACUUCCUCGCCCGCACACAGAAUUGGAUCGCCCUCGAAGGGAACUCAAAUCAACCACCGGUAUUCCCAGAUUACUGCAAUAUCAAAAUCUGCCCACACCUCUCCGGCUACGGCAGUGGAGACUUCCCCACUGAGAUAGACUUUCGAAUCCGCUGCAAGAUGUCCCACAUAGGCACGGGCAACAAGUCAUGCUAUUUCUGCGACGAAGACAAAGCCUGUCGAUACUGUAACACCGAGUACCGGCUAGACAGUAAACAAAUCCACGAAGAUACCUGGGCUUUAUGCUUUACUGUCUGGCAGGAUUUCGGAGAGUGCAGAAAUCCGUUUGAGCGGGAUUGGGAAAUCUUGAUGCUGGGAUCUUCGGCUUGUAGGUUUGUCACAAACAUGUAUAGGAAGGGUGGUCUUAAGAGACAUUUUGAGGAGCUAGGAUUUGAUGAGGGGAUGGGUGAGGCAUCGCUGGCUGCUUUGAGGGUUGAGGGGGUCGCUCAUGAGGAGGAUACCACUGGCAUCUAA